GAGGGAGAGAGUAUAGAGAGAGAGGGAGAGAGUAUAGAGAGAGAGUAUAGAGAUUAGAGGGUCAUAUCCACGUAAUAAGUAUAACACAGGCGUAGUGUAUUCAGUUUCUUACAAGGCGCGUUUAGUUAUAGUUACUAAUCAUGACGGGAGGAGGACCGACAAUCAAGAAGUACUUCGAAGACACCGAUCUGUUCGAAUGGACUGGUAUAGUUAACCAAUGCACUCCGGAUGAGGAGGAUGAAAGAUUCUGCAACCUUGUGCUCGAAACCACUAUCAUGCACCCUCAGGGAGGAGGUCAGCCGGCCGACUCCGGCAUGAUCACAGGCGACGAGGCAAAGUUCGAGGUGACGUUCACCGGCAUCGACAAGGAAACGAAUAUAAUCACUCACAAAGGAAAGUUCUUGGAGGGCACGUGCUUCCCCGCUGGACGGCGAGUGACGAUAUCAGUGGACGCGGACAAACGCAAACAGAACGCUCGCAUGCACAGUGGUGGCCAUAUGCUUGAUACGGCCGUGCGGAAUGCUGGCUACACCUCGCUUGUGCCUACGAAGGGAAACCACUCGGCCGACAACCUAUUUGUGGAGUACAAGGGGAAGGUUGACCCAGCUGACAAGGAGAACUUCAUGGCUCUCAUCAAUGCGGAGGCCAAGAAACUCCUGAGUGAGGACAUUGGCACUACCGUGCGCUAUGCGAAUACAGUCGGAUUGGCCGUUGAUGUCCAUACCCCUGGUAAGUGUUGCUGCAUGUUUGUAUCGGUGGGUGCGUGGACGGAGAGAUGGUACAUGCGAGGCUGCUGUUGACAACGUUAUUUACCGCUUUUUGGGUUCGUUCUUUCCGUCAUUGGCUGUGUAUGGUAUUAUGG